AUGAAGGCCUCAAUGAUCAUCGCAUCCGCUGCUGCUCUCUUCACCUCCGUCCUUGCGGCUCCAGCCAUCGCCCGUGAUGCGCCCCUCGCCUUCACCGUCCAGCUCGCGAACGACCAGAGCGGCAAAAACGCCAACGCCAAUGUCAUCGUUAACAACGCUGCCGUGACCUUCGGCCAGCUCUUUGGUAGUGCCUUCGGCACCCCAGUCCUCGCCACUUCGCUCCAGGCUGUCAGCCCCGGUGCCGGCGGUAACAAAGUGCAGUGCGUGGUUAAGGACCCCAACCACCCUGGACAGGCUAUCGCGCUCAAUGCUUGGAACACUUUCAUCGACCUCGAUGGAAACGUCAACGCUGCUAAGCCUAUCGACGUAACCUACUUCACUAUCGAGUGCCAGUUGUAA